AUGCCGUUCGGUCUUAAGGAUGCUGGAGCUACCUACCAGAUACUGCUUACAAAGCCUCCCAUACUCUCAAAACCCUUGGAUGGAAAAGAAUUAGGAAUAUACUUGGCUAUCACCGAAUAUGUUGUAAGUGUCGUGUCGAUAAGAGAAGAGAACAACGUCCAACAUCCAGUCUACUAUUUCAGCAAAAGACUCAUUGAAGCUGAGGGACGAUAUCCUUUAAUAGAGAAGCUCACUUACUACCUAAUCUUGGCAAUGAGGAAGUUGAGGCCCUAUUUCCAGGCUCACCCUGUUCGGUUUCUUAAGUGGGCAAUAGAGUUGGGUCAGUACGAGAUAAUCUUUCAACCCCAAAUAGCGAUUAAGGGACAGGCCUUAGCAGACUUUGUAGUUAAGUGCACAAGCAAAGAAGAACGCAACUUAAGGGACAACAUGAAGCUAGUAAGAGAACUCCUUCCAGAAAACAACGAAAAAUCAACCUACCUAGAAAUUACACGUGGACAGAGAGUACGAGGCUUGGGGAGAGAAAGUGAUGGCCUAUCUAAGCAAGAUACAAGACCUGCUCGCACAAUACAAGGGUUGCACCCUCAGGAAGAUUCCAAGAGAAGAGAACAAGCUGUUGAAGCUUUAGCCCGCCUUGCGAGCAGCACAGUAACAGAUAAGGCCAACCUAGUCCUUAUUCAAUUCUUAGAAGAACCCACUAUCAAUUGUUCUGAAGAAAUCAAAAUGAUAGACACAACACCAAACUGGAUGGCACCCAUAGCAGCCUAUCUCAACACUGGAGAACUUCUACAUGACAGAAAUGAGGCUCGAAAGAUGAUGAGGAAAGUUGCACGGUACAUCAUAGUAGAAGGUGUUAUGUAUAGAAGAGGUUUUUCUAUGCCAUUACUUAGAUGGGUAACAAAAGAAGAAGCUGCACGACUCCUGUGCGAAGUACGUGACGGAUUCUCUGGUAACCAUGCAGCAGGAGAAAGCCUAUCAAAGAAAAUACUAAGGCAAGGAUAUUUCUGGCCGAUAAUGAUGGACGAUUCAAAGGCUUAUGUAAAGAAAUGUGACAAAUGCCAGAGAUUUUCGAAGAUCCCCUGUGCACUGCCCAACGAGAUAAUUCAGAUGCAAAGUCCUUGGCCUUUUGCCAUUUGGGGAAUAGCCUGA